AUGAUUUCUUGUAUGGCCUGUGCUCAAUCUUUCCACACUUAUUGUGUUUCUAUUCACGAAAAGUUGAGUAUGACAAUAAUUAAAAGAGGAUGGCGUUGUUUAGGAUGUACUGUUUGUGAGGGAUGUGGAAGUGGGGAUGACGAGUCCAAUUUAUUACUCUGUGAUGAAUGUGACAUUUCUUAUCAUACAUAUUGUUUGGAUCCCCCACUAGAUUGUAUUCCAUUGGGUUCUUGGAGAUGUAAAUGGUGUUCAGCUUGUAUUAAAUGUAACAAUCAAAUAAAAACAUCAAAAGGAAAAUUACCAACAACAGAAUAUUUACAACGUUGUGAGGGUUAUUGUGAAAUUUGUUAUUCAAUGAAAAAAUGCCCAAAAUGUUUAUGUUUUUAUGAAAUUGGGGAUUUGAUGAUUAAAUGCCAGAGAUGUUUAAAGUGGUUCCAUGGCCGUUGUGAAGGACAUGGAAGUGAAGAAUCUGCAGAAAAUGCUGCUGACAAUGCAUUUAGAUGUUCAUUUUGUAGACCUCAAUCUUUUUGUAAGUAA